UUGAGUGUGUAAAAGGACAUUAAGAAGAGGGGGAUUAGGUGUGAACAGAGGCUGAGUGAAUGAAGAAGGGGCGAGAAAUGGACGAGCGAAUAGUCAAAUAGUCACUCGUUAGGUAUAGUCCGAAAUGUCCACCUUCCCUCCUCCAGGUUAGGCUUUCACGGGAACAUAACUUCACACAAUAUUGAGUUUUUCUCCUACUGUUAAAUCGAGCCAUUUGUAAUAUUUGUGUAUGAGACGAUGUGAUUCCGUACGAUGCAGGUUGUUGGUUCAUACGUUCGUUAAGUUACCCAAGCGUCGUUGUACACUUUAGCGAAUCUUUCCUAUCCGGGGUUCGCUUGCGGCGCGUCGAGUCAGCGAGUCAGCUCCGGUGGGCGAGAAGCAGCGGACUGGGCGAUUUUUGAAGGCUACAGGCUGCUUAGAUUUUGUAUCCGCUACUUGCUACUUGCUUUUUUAAUAGUUCUGAUACGUAUUGGGCUACUUUACUUUGAAAUCCCCUACUCUCGAAGUGUGUGUGUGUGUGUGUGUGUACGCUACUUAUCGUCAAAAGAAUCUGGCAACCCUGGACCUCAGCUCACUAGUCAGUCUUACAACGUUGCCAGGUACCAGCUUACCGUACUUAGCAUAUAUCGUAUUUUCAGUUUUUUGACACCUAACUACUGACACUAAAACAUUGAUACUUGACGCUAAUAGCAUUAACUUUAAUUGUAGAUCGUUACUGGUGCUUGUACGACGGUUUUAUGGUCUGAAUAUGAUGUAUGCAAUAUUCUGAGUGUACGAUGAUCUGGCACCGUUGGGAUUCGUUAACAGGUGAGGCGAGAGGGGCGUGUGGUGCGUCGUGCAUCCUCCGGUAGUGUGCAAGGCGCCUAGAGAAGAAUCCGACUCAUCUCCUUUGUUGUGGCCAUUGGGAAUAGUUGUUUUGAGUGUCGAAGAAUACAAGUCUUACGUGGUCUCAGAACGAUACGGUCCGCAUACCAGGGGAGGCAGCCUUUAGGAAUGCAGGGGUUAUCAGGGUCCCAUGAGGUGUCGGUGAGCGUCUUGGGUCACGUCAUAGUUGCCAGUGAGGAACAUCCGACGGUGGAACAAGAAGAACAUGGACAGGUCUUCCUCGUCAGCCACUCAAGCUCCGCCAAGAUGCUGUUCAUUAUGAGCCACGUCGAGAGCACCGGCCGCCCCUAGAGACUGCCUUCCUCUUUUCCCAUCCCCGUCACUCGCUUGCCCUCAAAGAUACACUGAAGAAGGGGAAGAAGCAGGCGGCGGCGGCGGCAUCUCCCUCUUGUGUGGACUGUAAAGGAGGAGUGGAGGAGAAGAGUCAUGUUAUAUUCUUGAUCUGGCUUACGCUUCCUCCUCCUCCCUCCUCCUCGCCUUACCGGAAUUGUGACUCGCAGGGUGCGGUGUGCGUGUCAUUCAGUGACGGGUGAGGAUGUGCGGCGGCGGCGUGGAGUUGGUGACACGGUGGGCGGCGCGAAGGUACGGGCGGCUGGUGCUGGCGGGCGGCCUGUCCACCUUCCUGAUGCUGAACCUGACGCUGCACGCCGGCGCCGGCCUGCACUACUACUGCAGCACCGAGUGCCUGGAGGGCGUGCUGGCGGCGCAGCUCGGCUCGUUGGACCGGGACGUCAUCCUGCACAUCAAGGAGCGCUGGCUGGACCCUCCGGCCCCGCGCGGCGCCUACAAGCCGUCCUUCCCUCUGGAUCAGCCGCCCUGGGCCUCCCUGGGCAGCUGGGGCGAGGCCUACAAGUUCAUCAACGACUACUUCAAGCAGUACAAGCGGCCCGGCACCUUCGUGGAGGUCGGCGCCGGGGACGGUGAGUUCCGCUCCCUGACGCUGUGGCUGGAGCAGCGGCUGGGCUUCCGCGGGCUGCUGCUGGAGCCCCACCCGGAGGCGUACGUCAAGCUGCGGGGGAAGACGAGGGCGGCCCACAGCGUGCAGGCGUGUGCCACCCCGGAGGAGGGACAUAGAAAGGAUUUUCUUUGGAUACGUGAGCCGAAUCCCGACCUCCCUCCCCUUCUGCGUCGCCUUCAGGAGGGCAGCAACAAACUCCUCCGGUUCGUGCCGGUCGAGGACCGUGACCUUGGCCGCGUGAUCCCCGUACAGUGCUUCAACCUUGGCGCGCUGGUGGUGGCCGCCCUCAGAAGCCUCACCGUGGACCUCCUCGUCAUCUCUACCCUCGGCGGGGAGGCGGAGGUGCUGCGGGGCGUGCCGGGGACCAUCAGGGUGAAGAUGUUGGUGGUCGUGGGCAGCAUCGUCACGGCGGAUGAGAUGAAUUACGUCAAGAAGGAGAUAGUUAAGUGGAGGCUGGUGCUGGUCUGGUCAAGGGAGCACAUCCACAUUUUUGCGCCCGAGGACCAGGUGGCGUAGUGUAUAUGUGUGUGUGUGUGUGUGUGUGUGGAUGGGUGGGUGGGUGGGUGUGGGUGGAUGGUUUCCUUUUCACCCUCCCUUUCCAUCCAUCCCUCUCCUCACCAACCUUCCCCUUCUCUCCCUCUUCUCAACCUCCCCCUUCGUCCUUCCUUGGUACCUUUCCUCCCUUCCUUUCUCUUUCCUUCUUCUAUCUCUCUUUUUCACCCCCCUUUCCAUCCAUCCCUCUCCUCCACCUUCCUCUUCUCUCCCUCGUCUCAAUCUCCCUCUUCCUUACCUCCCUUCCUCCCUUUAUCCCUCCCUAUCCUCCACCUUCCUCUUCUCUCCCUCGUCUCAAUCUCCCUCUUCCUUACCUCCCUUCCUCCCUUUGUCCCUCCCUCUCCCUCUCUCUAUUAAUGUGCAAGGAAGGGAAAUCAAACAACUGCGCUUCAACAUUCUUCUAAUACGAGACUUCAACCCCGAGACUGAGGAGGUGUGGAACGCUUAGCCAUUCAACUAACUGGUGCAAAUGAUCAUAGAGAGCUUGUUCGUGCACUGGUUCGACUCCCCCUUGAGGCUCCGAGGCGUGGUGCGAGCCGAGGUUCCGUCUAGGCGUAAAGGCGGGCUUUUCUUCCAUUGCCUCUUCGUCCGCUGUGAAGGUGGUCGGCCAAGGUGUGGUGAGAGGCGAGGCACCACAUCUUAAUUACUGUACGACUAAGGAGUAGCAGCGUCCAAGGCCAUAGGAGGGUGAAUGUCAAGGUCCCCAGAGUUCCUGUUGUGCCCAAGGGAGUUCAGUGGUCUUCAAGCCGUGGACGCCCGCAGUAACAUGAGCAGGUUUCGGUGGCUGCCGUCGCCGCCCGUUUGUUGCUGGUCUGUUCUACGCGGGGCCUCGUGUCUCCGUCCCGUUCCAGAGCUCUUCUUAUCCACGGCUUUUAACGCCACCCAGCUCUCGAGAAGUCAGUGUGUCAGACUCUUCGAUUAAGCAGUGUUGCGAGAUUGAGAAGCUUCCUUGUUCUUUUAAGUCCGUGGACUCCCUAAGUUUUUAGUUUUUUUUUUUAUAAAAAAAAAUAGCGUGGGAACCUGUGAAUUCGUCUCCGGAGACUUUUCGAGGUAUCUAAAGGCAAUAAACACUGGUCGGAAAUAAAAUUUAUUUUCAUAGAGCUCCAUAGUGAUUGUUGGCAACAUCCUUCACCAUCCAGCGGUACUUCAAGCUGAAUGGACCUUCUACAAGCUGCAUGGACAUUCUAGAGAAGAAUAGUUAGUUUUUAAAAAUCAGGAGGAGCGAGUCUAUCUUCAGCACAACAUUGCUCCUGUAAAAAUACCAACUAAAAAUUACGCGCGCUCAGGAGUAUAUGUAAAUAAGUAUGUUUAUACGAGGGUAGGACUGAGAUGCAAAUGCAAGCAAUGUGU